AUGUCUGGUGAAAUGGUGGAAAAGAAAGAGAAUCUCGACCUGGAGCAAACCCCAACGCUGGGUGUAGCUGAGAAGGGAGAGGUUGUUGACAUUGAUGCGGAUGAAGCCCUCAAUGCCGUUGCCGGCUUGGAUACGGCUGCCUUGCAGCUUGAUGAGGAGACGGAGCGGCGUUUGUUGCGCAAGAUUGACCUGAACCUUAUGCCGAUCAUGUGUAUUGUUUACGGCCUCAACUACCUUGAUAAAACCACACUGUCGUACGCGAGCAUCAUGGGUCUGAAAGACGACCUCAAACUUGUUGGCGAUAAUUAUCAGUGGCUGUCGAGUUUGUUCUACUUUGGGUAUCUUGGUUGGGAAUUCCCGACAAAUCGUCUGUUGCAACGACUUCCUCUGGCCAAAUAUUCCGCCUUCAACAUCAUCAUGUGGGGACUUGUUCUCUCUCUUUUUGCGACUACGGAGAACUUCGGGGGGGCUGUUGUCAUUCGCCUCUUUUUGGGAAUAUUCGAGGCGGCUGUGACUCCCGGGUUCGCUCUAUUUGUAUCUCAAUGGUAUACUAAAAAGGAACAAGGACUCAGGACCGCCAUUUGGUUCAGUUUCAAUGGCUGGGCCCAAAUCUUUGGUGGUCUGGUAGCGUACGGCUUCGCUCACGGCGCCUCGACCUAUGGCUUUUCAAUCGCCCCGUGGAAGGCAAUUUUCGUCUUUACCGGAGUGUUGACUAGCACCGUUGGAAUAGUCUUCCUCUUCAUCAUGCCUGACAGUCAGCUCAACGCUAGAUUCCUUACCAAAGAAGAGCGAGUGUUGGCCAUUCAACGAAUCAAGGCCAACGAGCAGGGAAUCGGAAACAAGCACUUCAAGUGGUACCAAGUCAAGGAAGCCCUGCUGGAUCCCGCCAUCUGGGGCUUUGUUUUCUAUGCUCUGGUUGCCAACAUUCCAAAUGGCGGCAUCUCUAACUUCUUCAGCCAACUCAUUGUCUCAUUUGGCUAUACUCCCCAGCAGAGUCUACUUUAUGGAACUCCUGGCGGAGCUGUCGAGGUCAUCGCCUUGUUAGUCUGUGGGUAUUUGGGUGAUCGUCUGGGAAGCCGCAUCUUGGUGUGCAUGUCAGGUCUUGUCGUGGCCAUGGCUGGAGUGAUUAUGAUUGUUGCCAUUCCACUGGAUAAGCCUGCUGGUCGACUCGCCGGAUACUAUCUCACCCAGGCAAGCCCGACUCCGUUUGUUGCGCUACUAUCGUUGAUAUCCACCAAUGUCGCUGGAUGGACCAAAAAGACAACCGUAGCAGCAAUGUAUCUGGUUGGAUACUGCGUUGGAAACAUUAUCGGACCCCAAACAUUCCGACCGAAGGAUGCACCCGAAUAUCGACCAGCCGAGAUUACCAUCCUCGUGUGCUGGGUGGCUUGCCUUGUGGAUCUUGUGUUUAUCUGGUGGUACUAUCGUCGACAGAACCUCAAGAAGAGUCUCUUGCGGGCGGAUCCGUCUUAUACCAGAAGUGAGAAUCAGGAAUUCCUGGACUUGACGGAUAAGGAGAACCCUGAAUUCAAUUAUUCGCUAUAA